CAGAUAUAUAAGGACCCAACUGAACCAGCAAUACAAAUAAAAUCAUGGAUCAAGCCUAUAUGGGCAUGGAGGACGUAUCAGGUAGCAACGUAAAGUUGAGAAGGCUGGUAGAAACUUCAGAAGACAAUUCUAUCGAUGAUGAAAUGAGUCAAACUGUGCAAUGUGAAACGACUGGACUUGGACUCCCAGGUUCUGAAUUUGUAAAGAAGAGUUACUGCAGGGCUGCUGUGAUUCUUCUGGGUCUGCUGUGUCUUUUCCUCCUGAUUGGACUCAUAAUUGUGUUUUUUCUCUUCUCCCAAGGCAAAUCUCCUGGUGAAAUGGACACAGUGUUGCUACACAGGCUUUACAACAACGUGACCUGCGAGAGAAACCAGUUACUGACCAGUUACAACAACCUGAAAACUGAAAAGGACCAAUUACUGACCAGUUACAACAACCUGACAACCGAACGAGAACAGUUACUGACCAGUUACAACAACCUGAAAACUGAAAAGGACCAAUUGCUGACCAGUUACAACAACCUGACAACCGAACGAGAACAGUUACUGACCAGUUACAACAACCUGAAAACUGAAAAGGACCAAUUACUGACCAGUUACAACAACCUGACAACCGAACGAGAACAGUUACUGACCAGUUACAACAACCGGAAAACUGAAAAGGACCAAUUACUGACCAGUUACAACAACCUGACAACCGAACGAGAACAGUUACUGACCAGUUACAACAACCUGAAAACUGAAAAGGACCAAUUGCUGACCAGUUACAACAACCUGACAACCGAACGAGAACAGUUACUGACCAGUUACAACAACCUGAAAACUGAAAAGGACCAAUUGCUGACCAGUUACAACAACCUGACAACCGAACGAGAACAGUUACUGACCAGUUACAACAACCUGAAAACUGAAAAGGACCAAUUGCUGACCAGUUACAACAACCUGACAACCGAACGAGAACAGUUACUGACCAGUUACAACAACCUGAAAACUGAAAAGGACCAGUUACUGACCAGUUACAACAACCUGAAAACUGAAAAGGACCAAUUGCUGACCAGUUACAACAACCUGACAACCGAACGAGAACAGUUACUGACCAGUUACAACAACCUGAAAACUGAAAAGAACCAAUUACUGACCAGUUACAACAACCUGACAACCGAACGAGAACAGUUACUGACCAGUUACAACAACCUGAAAACUGAAAAGGACCAAUUACUGACCAGUUACAACAACCUGACAACCGAACGAGAACAGUUACUGACCAGUUACAACAACCUGAAAACUGAAAAGGACCAAUUGCUGACCAGUUACAACAACCUGACAACCGAACGAGAACAGUUACUGACCAGUUACAACAACCUGAAAACUGAAAAGGACCAAUUGCUGACCAGUUACAACAACCUGACAACCGAACGAGAACAGUUACUGACCAGUUACAACAACCUGAAAACUGAAAAGGACCAAUUGCUGACCAGUUACAACAACCUGACAACCGAACGAGAACAGUUACUGACCAGUUACAACAACCUGAAAACUGAAAAGGACCAAUUGCUGACCAGUUACAACAACCUGACAACCGAACGAGAACAGUUACUGACCAGUUACAACAACCUGAAAACUGAAAAGAACCAAUUGCUGACCAGUUACAACAACCUGACAACCGAACGAGAACAGUUACUGACCAGUUACAACAACCUGAAAACUGAAAAGGACCAAUUGCUGACCAGUUACAACAACCUGACAACCGAACGAGAACAGUUACUGACCAGUUACAACAACAUGAAAACUGAAAAGGACCAAUUGCUGACCAGUUACAACAACUUGAAAACUGAACGAGAACAGUUACUGACCAGUUACAACAACUUGAAAACUGAAAAGAACCAAUUGCUGACCAGUUACAACAACAAAGUUAAAGAGAGAGACCAGCUCCAGACAAGAUUUGAAGACAUGACCAAAAAUAGAGACAAUCUUCAGAGAAAGCUUCAAGAUUGUCGAGAAAACUGGGUGGCCUUCAGUAAUAGUUUGUAUCUAGUGUCUUCGGUGAGGAAAUCCUGGGAAGAAAGCAGACAAGACUGUCUUCAAAAAGGUGCAGACCUGAUGAUUAUCAAAAGCCGAGAACAACAGAAUUUUGCUAACCAGUUCAAGAAGUCUUUGUGGAUUGGACUGACUGACUCUGAGACAGACGGGACAUGGAAAUGGGUGGAUGGGACUCGCAUGACCACAAGCUACUGGAAAAGUGGGGAACCAAAUGGUGGCAGAAUUGAAAACUGUGGAGAAAUAAGAUUUUACAACUCAGAAAACAGCUGGAAUGAUGCACCAUGUUCCAUUGAAAAAUUCUGGAUAUGUGAGAAGAGAGUUUCUCCAUAAAUUAACAUCCAUGCCCAACAAAUAGUGCAGAACACAGAGCCAUGAGAUGAACUCCCGAAAUGAACCUGAACAGAAAACAGUGGACACUUAGGCUAUGUCCACACAUACACGGGUAUUUUUGAAAACGCAGCUUUUUCUAUGCGUUUGGGCCUUUUGUCCACUGAAAACUGAGAUUUUUAAAAACUCCUGCCAGGGUGGAGAUUUUUGAAAACUCAGUUUUUGCAUUUACAUGUGGACGAGCAAAAUGGAGAUUUAGCCACGCAACGUCAAAGGUGUGCGCCUUUUUUAACGUCAGAUCUGCAGUUUUUACACGCUUACAUAAACACACGCCGUUACUGUCCCUCCAUUUAGAAAGACAGAGGCGUCAGAGUGAACUUCGGAUGUGGCUUUUACAUUCAACACAGACGCUCUCACAACCUAAGUAUAAUAUUGAGGAAUAAUUCCACCUCACUGUCUGUCCACACAUAGGACUCAUUUCUCCUUCUAUGCACCGUCUUUGUUUACGCUUUCCCUCCCAAGGUUCUAGACUUCUGAUUGGCCAACAUUUCUACACAGGUAGGAUUAUAUCACGGAGAUAUUUUACAAAAAUGCACGCGUGGAUGAGAUUUUUUUUUAAAAAACGAAAACGGAAAAUCUCCACUUACAAAAAUACCCGUGUACGUGUGGACAUAGUCUUAGAUGGAAACAAGUUUAAAGGGUUUUUGCUUUGCUUUCUAAGUCAAGAAUGUCUUUUGUUACUAUAUCCACGAUCUUUGACAAUUUUAAGACCCGUUAGAUUAAAAAACUUGCUCAACAAUCCCAUGCUCAAAAAUUCUCAUCUUAUAGAAAAAUAUUCUGUUAUCAUAAACUUUCCAUCUGUAUUUACAAUUUAAUCAUUAAAAUGUUGACAAUUUGGACUUGUUUUACUCCACCUGACUCAUUUAUUAAGGAAAGACUGAACAUUUUGGAAGAAAUCCUC